AGAGCGUCUCUCGCCACAGCUGUGCCUCGCUCUUUGUCGGUCUGCGCUGCUCUCCCUGCGCUUUCCUAUCCGACAGAAGGAUACAAAGAAGAGAGGGACAGACAGCAUGAAAUAGAGACAGAGCAUGAGAGCGGCGGGGGUUAGCAGAGGGACACGAGAAACCUAACCGGACUACAGACUAGUCCAGACACGGAUCCUAUUAUCUCCAGACUGGAUACGGAGCUCCGCCGAUGUACGCACUGGAUUUUACCCACCAAAGAGUGUCGAGACCGGGGGGAGAGGGGCGGACUUUAUCGUGCAGGACUGUCGGGGUUUAGGAGGGGACCAUGGAUAAAACUUUGCACAUUCUGCAGAAAUCCACAGACGGUGUACCGACUGGGAUCUCCCUGGAUAUGAGUUUGAACAUGGACGAAGGGGAAGAUUUCACGGAGCAGCAGAUAGUGGGGCUUCCGGACAAGAUCCCCCUGGUGAAACCUUAUUUCAAAAAGAAGCAGAGGAAAUUGGACGCCAAAUGCCUCCACCGCGCCCUGGAGGAUCCGAUACUGACCACCCUGCUGAGCACGGAUGCGCUGGUGUCCGGGGAUGGGGUGUUUGUUCCCCGGAGCCAGCCGGGCCGGACUCCGGGCAACAUGUGCGCAGCAGCCGUGGUGAAACAGAACUGUAUGGGCCAGGUGUGUCUCAAAGACUCUGGAGCUGCUGACGACACCACGGCUGGGGCUGGAGUGCCGGGGUUGAUGACCCGGGACGGUGAUGUGGAAAUAGCCGAUACUACUGCGGAGCUGGAGGAGACUGAGCGGCGAGGGGAGCGACCCAAGAUCACGGAUCCUACCCCCGGCAGCCGCUGCUUUCAGUCCAAAUCCGGCCCCAGGGCGGCCGGGAGCACAGUAACAAUAACGCCCCCUUGCAGGGAUAUACCUCCCACAGUUGUACCCCAGGCACCUCACCAGGAGGGGGGCAUCAAAAGCAAUGACCUCUUAACCUCUGGGGCUAAAAACCUUCCAGUCAAAGACUGCACCGGCCUCCAGGACCCCCAUGUCCUCCUCCUGCAGCCCGACAAAGGGGUGCUAUUUCAGGAUAAAAGCGAAGAGGCCUCCCUGGACCUGGUUUUUGAGCUGCUCACCCAACUCCAGUAUCACACACACCAGUCAGACUCUGUGGACAUUUGUGUGGAUUUCCUCCAAGGACAGUGUGUGUAUGGCAAUGACUGUGCCCACCACCACACUGUCCUGCCCUACCACUGGCAGAUCCGCAGGAGCAGUAAUCAGACGUGGCAGAGCAUAGCAGAUGACUCCCAGGAACAGCUGGAGAGACUGUACUGCAACCCGGACAAUGAGCAAGUCAGGCUCAAGUUUCAGGGUCGAGUGUUUUCCCUAGACUUUGGGGCGAUGCGAGUGUGUGACCUGGAAUUUGACCGCGUCCGACGACUGACCACUCCCGCCAGCCCUCUACCCGCGCCCGCAACGAACCCAAGCCCCACCCCCAGCUGCCACACCGUGUGGAAGUACUACUGCAGAGACAACUUUGGCUGGAGGGAAUACUCUGAGCCGGUAGUGAAGCUCAUAGAGGAGGCGAGUUCGAGGGGUCUUAAGGAGGUGCGAUUCAUUACGCUCCAGAACCAGUAUAUCCUCAACAUCAGGGAGGGCUUCCAGCAGAAUGCCGUCUUCGGGUUCAGGCGCCAGAUCAAGAAGCGGCCCAUGUUCAUGUCCUCCGUGAUGCUUACACCCCACUUACAGACAUUGGGCGGCCUCUCUUCAUCUCCCCUCCCCUGCUCCUCCUCCUCAUCCACCUCCUCCUCCUCGUCUAUGGACCUCUCCGUCUCGCAUCCCCUCUCGCCGACCACCACCAACCCACCCAGCCUUUUUCCCGAAACGUGGUUGCCCAUGACGAUGAACCAGGACUUCCUGCAGGUGCCGGUCUCGCGUGAAGACCGCAGCUACCGGACGGUGUACAGCCUUUUCCACAAGACCGUGUCGGAGACCAAGUUCAGGAUCCUCAAGAUCAUGCGCGUGCAGAACCCCUUCCUCUGGGAGAAGUACAAGAGGAAGAAGGAGUACAUGUCACGGCGUAUGUCCGAGAUGGACCGACUGCUGAGCGAGCGCCACCUCUUCCACGGCACCUCAGCUGACGUGGUGGAGGGCAUCUGCAAGCACAACUUCGACCCCAGAGUCUGUGGCAAGCACGCCACCAUGUUUGGCCAGGGGUCCUACUUUGCCCGCAAGGCUGUCUAUUCCCAUAACUUCUCCAAGCGCUCCCCCAAAGGAGUCCACUGCAUGUUCCUGGCCAAAGUCCUCACUGGCAGGUUUACUGUAGGAAAUCCCUCCAUGCGGCGACCUCCACCUAUCAACCUCCGCGACCCCUCCAGCGACCUUUAUGACUCCUGUGUGGACAACUGGGUGGACCCCCAGAUCUAUGUCAUCUUCAACGACGACCAGAGCUACCCUUACUUUAUCAUUCACUACGAGGAGGUACCCAGCACUGUCGCUGUCUAAGCCCUGGAUCAGACCUGCUUCUGUCUGUAUUAGCGAACACUUACUCAUAGUUUGUUCUAGCCUGUGAAGGUGCCAGGUGGGUGGAGUUUGACACUUUGGAUGAAAGGAACAGUGUGGACGAACAAGAAGCUGAAAUUUCGAGUACUUUUUGAUGGCUUUAACCAACUCCAUCGGCAUCACUUUGCCGACUAAGCUUCGCCCAGCUGCUGCUCUAAACAGGUUAAAACAGUCUAAGACAUGUUUGCAAAUACUCGGUGAUUAAGGUCCGCAGUCAACUGGAUCCAGCCAGACUGGACUGCAGUGAGGAACAACACACCGGUCUGGACCGGAUUAAACUGGACAAAACUGGACUAGCAAAGGACGACACCUGUUUCAUCCCAUGCUCUGAGGUGGAUGACGACUGACAACAGCUGCGACCACAACUGACUGGACUCAUGUACCACGCUUUGUUACCUAGUAUGAACAGCAGCCUAGUGAUGAUCAGAACAGGAUUUUUAUACCUUAUUGAUCUGGAGCAGAUGCAGGAAAAACCAAACGUAGUCCUCUUAUCGUUUUGACUUAGUCGUAUGGCUGUACGUGAACUCAGUUCCACAUCAGGACAAACGCUGUAGUAGACAGCGUCCUGCCAGUACUGUGAAUGACCAACUGGCGGUAUUAUUCUGAGGAAGCAGCAACCAAUCAAUCAGACGCUUCCAUAGAGAAACCAUGGCAACACUGACCCCCCCGUCAUUCUCUGACAAAAAUCAUUGUGAGUGUUUACCCAGCCUCCAGCCCUUACGUUUUUUUUUCUCAAGUCUAUGUGCUGCGUGUUUGAAUCUUUUAAUUUAGUGGAAAUGAAUCUUGUGGCCUCUUCAAACAGACAAUGGACGUGAGUUUCAGUGGGACUUUUAACACAUGGACAUCCGCAGAAAACCUCCAGGCAGAGGUUUCACAUGAAGCCAGUGCUGUGCCCCGGUUGGCGCUUCUGCCUUUUGCGCCCACCACUUUAGCUCCUUGCGGGGGGAACUGAAGAGUGUACAGUUUCACGCUGAGACUCUGCAGCGCUGUAGCGUUUCGUCAACAAACACCCGCCCCCCUGAAACUCAUCUCUCUUGGACCGCUCUCUCGCUCAGAGACAGUAGACAUGUUUUAUUGAGACAAACUGUACAGACGUUCUCUUUGUUUAUAUUUGAACUGUGUGCCUUUUGUUCAUAAAAAAAUUUAUUUAUGUUAGUUUAAUGUAACAUUGAUUAAAUAAAGAAUCUAAAAGAAAAAAAACGA